ACAUACACUUAUCAUUUAUGGAAAAAAGGGGGAGUUCUCCGCGCUUCUGCAGACCACAACAAUCCGGUGCAACCAAGGCGGGACACAACAGAACAAACAGCAAAAAAUUGCCGGUGCAACACGGAUGUCUUCCACCUGAUGAUUUUAUUUCUCAAGGCUCGCAUUGAGGAGCUGGAGGAGGAGCUGGAAGCAGAGCGAGCCAUCAGAGCCAAGGUGGAAAAGCAGAGAGCAGAUCUAAGCAGAGAGCUGGAGGAUCUCACUGACCGGCUGGAGGAAGCAGGAGGCGUGACCGCCUCACAGAUGGAGGUGAACAAGAAGCGAGAAGCUGAGCUGCUGCGCCUGAGGCGAGACUUGGAGGAGACCUCUGUCCAGUCAGACGCGCUGGCUGCGUCACUGAGGAAAAGGCACAGCGAUGCCAUGGCAGAGCUGAGCGAGCAGUGUGAGGCUCUGCAGCGGAGCCGAGCCAAACUGGAGAAGGACAAGCAGAACCUGAGGAUGGAGGUAGACGAGCUGGCUGCUUCUCUGGACAGUCUGCAGAAAGCCAAGACGUCCUCAGAAAGCCAGAUGAAGAAGCUGGAGGAGCAGCUGUCAGAAGCCAACAGGAAAGCCGAGGACCUGCAGAGGGCCCAGGCCGAGCUCAGUGUGGCCAGGAACAGACUCUCAGCUGAUAAUGCAGACGUGAGUCGACAGAUGGAAGAGGCAGAGAGCAGAGCCAGCCAGCUGAGCCACUCCAAGACUCUGCUCACAUUGCAGCUGGAAGAAGUGAAGAAACAACUGGACGAGGAGGUCAAGUGUAAGCAGGUGGUCAACAGCAGUCUGAGCUCGGUGCAGCAGGAGUGCGAGGCGCUAAGGGAGCAGCUGGAGGAGGAGCAGGAGUGCAAGCAGGAGCUGCAGCGGCUCGUCUCCAAACUCAACAGUGAGGUGACACACUGGAGGAGCAAACACGAGGCGGACACCAUCCAGCACGCCGACGAGCUGGAGGACACCAGGAAGAAGCUGGCCACCAGGCUUCAGGAGGCCGAGGAGGCUGUGGAAGCCACCCAGGCCAAAUGUUCCUCGCUGGAGAAAAGCAAACAAAGGCUGCAGGGAGAGGUGGAGGAACUCUGUAUGGACCUGGACAAGGCCAGAAGCUGUGCUCAGGCUCUGGAUAAAAAGCAGCGCGUCCUGGAGAAGUACCUCAUAGACUGGAAGCACAAGUGUGAGGAGCUGGUGGCGGAGGUGGAAGGCUGCCAGAAGGAGGGCAGGCAACACGCCAGCGAGCUUUCCAAAGUCAGGUCGGCCCAUGAAGAGUCUGUGGAGCAGCUUGAGGCCCUGCGCAGGGACAACAAGGCCUAUCAGGAGGAGGUAGCGGACCUCACAGAGCAGCUCUCAGAUGGAGGCAAAAGUGUCCAUGAGCUUCAGAAGGCAAAGAAGAAGAUUGAGAUGGAGAAAGAAGAGCUACAGGGCUCACUAGAAGAGUCGGAAGCAGCUUUGGAGGCCGAGGAGACCAAGGUGCUGAGGCUGCAGCUGGACAUGUCUCAGGCUAGAGGGGAGCUGGAGCGCAGACUUCAGGAGAAGGAGGAAGAGAUGGAAGCUACUAGAAAAAGCCACCAGAGGGCGCUGGACACCCUGCAGGCCAGUCUGGAUGUCGAGGUCAAAGGCAAAAUAGAGGGGCUAAAGCUGAAGAAGAAACUGGAGACGGCCAUCAGCGAACUGGAGCUGCAGGUGGACCUGCUCACCAAAAACAAUGCUGAGCUAAGCAAGAGCAGCAAGAAGAUGCAGCAGCAGAUUAAGGAGCUGCAGGCCCAGCUGGAGGAGGAGGUCCGGAGCCACGAGGAAUGCAGGGAGGACCAGGGGGCUGUGGAACGACGCUGCAUGCUGUUGGUCAGCGAGGUCGAGGAGACCCUUGCAGCCCUGGAGAGCGCCGAGCGGGCCCGACGGGUCUGUGAGACGAAGCUGCAGGAGGCUAGCGAGAAGCACAGCCACCUCAACAACCAGUUUCAGUUGGCUGUGAGUGGGAGAAGGAAGCUGGAGGGGGAUCUCCAGACUCUGCAGCAGGAGCACGAGGAGCUGCAUGCAGAGCUGAGAGCAUCCACAGACAAGUCCAAGAAAGCCAGCUGCGAGUUGGAGCGAGUGGGGGAGGAGCUGCGUCUAGAGCAGGAGCACACGCUCCACCUGGAGAGAGUGAAGAAAGGCCUGGAGGCUCAGGUCAGAGACAUGAGCAGCAGGCUGGACCAGGCCGAGCAGAUGGCUCUGAAAGGAGGCAAGAAGAUCAUCCAGAAGUUAGAGGGAAAGGUGAAGGAGAUGGAGCUGGAGUUGGACUCGGAGCAGAAGCGGCACGCUGAGACGGUGAAGACUCUGCGGAAGAACGAGCGUCGGCUGAAGGAGCUGCUGUUUGAGUCUGAGGAGGAGCAGAAGAACCAGCAGAGGAUGCAGGAGCUGGUGGAGAGGCUGCAGAACAAGAUGAGGGCCUACAAGAGACAAGUGGAAGAGGCAGAGGAACAAGCUACCAUGAACCUGGCGAAGUACAGGAAGACGGUCCAUGAACUGGAUGACGCUGAGGAGCGAGCGGACAUUGCUGAGUCAGCACUCACCAAGAUCAGGACCAAGAGGAGAGGCAGCUUGGGACAGGGCUACUCCUCUGGUUACAGUACCCCGUACCCUGGCCUGGUCCGCUCCCCCAGCUCCGUGGGGUCAGAGGGCAGAGGGGAGAAGAUCCUCAACGAUGACGAGUCUGUCAGCUCCCUCAUCCCAGCAUAUCUCAACUCGCUCAAGAAGCUCAUGGUGGAUUAGAAACCCAGCGGGUAGAAUGGUAGAAUGUCAGAGCUCCAAAUUUCUCCAGCCGCUACGGCACUCACAAUCUGACUGGAAAAGUGCUACAGUAUGAUGUCUCAACACAUACAGGUCAUUAGCAAACCAUUCAAUGUGUGUCACCUGUGUGUGUAUACUCUACAUUUCCUUUUGAACUUUUCUAUAAUGUACUCGUUCCUUCCUCUCUUUGUAAGAUCAUAGCUUCCACUUUUGUAUACACUUCAUAAUGUUAUAUGUUUGUUAAAAACUGAUUGAAUAUGGAAACUGUACUGUAAUUUUGUUCUAAAAUACCAAAAGGUGUUUAUUACAAAAAGUAAUCCAUAUAAUCUGAAGUAUAAACUAUUCACCAUUUAUAAAUGGUGUACUGUGGUAAACUGUCCACUUAAUGUUCUCACAAAAAUGAAACAAUAUAUUCAAUACUGCCUCGGCUUCCCUAGAUGAUGGGAAAUCUAAAACUGCAGUGAAAGCUUAAUUUAUCUGUAAACUAGUUAAAAGUUUCCCAACUGCUAGGGUCUGGGGGGACGGCACGAAGCAGAGACUGUAAUAAUAGACAACGUAGCAGCAACCGUUGGGUUGUGGACUGCUGACUUCUGAAGCCUCGAUCUUGGCCGUCGCCAUCUUAGUAUUUUGAAAUCAAUCUGACCAUAUUUGGUCAAGUGGGUGGAGCUGGAGAUGCUGGCUAAGCGCUAAGCUAAACACUAAGCUAAACGCUAAGCUAAAUAUAAAGAGGAAAACUUUUUUCAACUUCUGAAGUGAGUGGAGUCCAGUGGAGUUGGCUAAUGAACACUAAAAAAGACAUUUCUAGGCAACCAAAAUGUUGGUAAAAGUUUAAGAUGAAAAACAUGCAUAUCAGCCAAAAACAAGUUGAGGUUUAUUUUAAUGUCCCCAGUGUUAGCAUGGUUAGCAUUGCUAAGCCUCUGUCCUGAUUGACAGGUCCUAAAGCGUCCCCUGCUUUAUCGUGUAUUUUAAAAUAAAUGGGAGCAUCAUUAAUUAAAUGAACAUCACACUGUGUUGAAGAAGACUUACAAGUAGCGAUUGAGACCAUAAACUCAUUAUGAAAAUGUUUACUGAGGUAAUAAAUCAAGAGAGAAGUAGACUCAUUUUCUCACAGACUUCUAUAGAAACAGGAGCCAGUGGAGUCUCCCCCUGCUGGAAGUUAGAGAGAAUG